AUUGAUAAUUACUAACUUGGAACCUUUGGAACUUUAAAAGAACGAGAACUUCAUCAUUCCACCAACAAUCUUCCACUACCUCUGAAAGUAACCUUUGACCUGUAACAAAUCUCCUCUCCCACUCCCCCCCCUCUACCAAUUAUUCUUUGCAACCGUCCGACUGAAUUGGCAAAGGGGAAUUGGCUGUGGUCUUAUUUUCGAGCCCUCCCAUCCCCGUCUUCGACUAAAAUAGUAGUCAUCCUUUCGACAAGAUGGUUUCUCUCGAGCGCCAGGAAAUCAUCGCGACCAACAAGUCGCUCCGGCUUAUAAAGAAUGAACUUGAGCACCUUCUCGAGAAAGGCGUUGUAACUGACGACGUGUUCAACUCGAUCCAUCGGAUGCUUCCCGUAGAAACAUCCCUCUCUGGCGCGCCCACCCCCGCUGUGCGAAACUCGUCUGUAGCCUCACCACCGCCUGCGCCCGCGCAGCAACAUUCGCCACCCGUGAACUCGAUGGCAAAUCUGGCAAUCAAUCAGACCCCGACUCACCAUCCGGCUCCUCCGGCGUACAGUUCGACCGGACCACCUUCUCUCCCCGCACGUGCGGGACCGCCGGCCCCGCCUCCUACGAAGCCGAUCAUAGCUCAUGCGAAGGCCCUCUACAAGUACCAAGCGGCUGAUGACCGAGACUUGUCAUUCGAACGUGACGAUAAGAUUGCUGUGUACGAGUAUAUGAAUGACGACUGGUGGAUGGGACGGAACAAGAGGACAAACGCAGAAGGAAUAUUUCCUAAGAACUAUGUCGAGAUAGAUAACAGUGAGAAGGCCGGCUUCUAUGCUCCGCCGCAGCCAGUAUACGCCGCGCACUCUUCGGUCCCGGCAGGUAAUGGAGCAUACCCCCCACCACCUCAGGCGCAGAACCCCUAUAACGCACAUGUUCCUCCUAUGGCCGUGGCGCAAGGAGGCAGCAACCAAGGCGGUCAAAGCGGAACUCCAAGCAAGUUUGAAGAGGGUGGUAAAAAGUUUGGUAAAAAGCUAGGAAAUGCUGCCAUCUUCGGCGCGGGUGCUACCAUCGGUGGGAAGAUCGUGAACGGUAUAUUCUAAGCGGAGCUCGGGUGUAUCUUUUUCUUUUUUUUGGCUCUUGUGGUUUGGGUGCCUUUCCCUCUUUGGACUAAGUCAUGAUAUUACAUUUUAUUGCUGUCCUAGGUAUUACUAUUAUUAUACCACGGGAGGUAAAGGCAUGCGUUUAAGCAUAUAUGACCCAUGAUACGCCUCGCAGCAAUAUCUGCGGUUGGAUCAACGGUAUGAUGGUCCCACGGUUCUUCUCUUGGUUAUUCUUUUGGUAAAUGUGUUGGAUUGAUAUAAUUUGCACUUGGACUUAUUGCUACGUAAGAGUCAUUCGCGUUUUGU